GACACCCCUUACGGAUAGACGUUUUUCCUUUAAAUCUGGGUGCCAACCCACUAGAAACGAUGUAAGGGCUUCCCUCUCACACACACUAACAGCGCUAUUCCCUGACACGUCAAAGCACACUCUCCGCGGUCUGUGGACGUCCUGAAAGCUUACCCAUUGGAUCGCAAGGCAGCGGUCCGUGCUCUGAUUGGCUGGGAGCGGCUGCAAGCAGGGUAGGCUGUGUCUGUGCGAUCCAUGUAGGUAGAAUGGAGCUGCUUCCGGGGAGCUGGGCUGAGGCGGCUGCUACUGGAGUGGGAAAGCUGAGAGGAGAUUUCCGCGGAGGGCUGGGAAUUCUUAAACCUGCAACUCGCUUGUGAACUGGUGACCAAAGAAGUGAACUGGAGACCAAAGAAAUAACUGAUGAUCCCCAGACGGAGUAUCCAGGAGAGCAAAUCAGUGCCACCCAAAUCUAGGGCUGGGCCCCCUGUCCAGUGCUCCAGGUUCCUCUUUGGGGCAGUCCAGCAGUUUGGAAACCUGCCCUACUGAUACAGCACCGCACUGUGUGAACAGUGACAAACUGACAAUGCGUCUUAGGGAAGGGCGCACACACUCCUUCCAGCCCCCCAGUUCAGUCCACUCUUCGCUUGGCAGCCAUGUUUACACAUUCAGCAAUGGGAAUGCCGAGGCAGACAGCUCUUCGGAAGAAGAAUUUGAUGUCACGGAGUUACGAGCACGGGGAGGUGAACAGCAGCGGGUUAAUGGGUCACGUGAAAAGGUCGGUGAUGUCAUUCUCCUAGAACGCGCCAUCACAGAAGACGAUAACCUCAACAAACUGGCACUACAGUAUGGCUGCAAGGUCGCCGAUAUCAAGAGAGUGAACAAUCUAAUCACAGACCAGGAUAUCUAUGCUUUAAAGACAAUCAAGAUCCCCGUCAAGGUUCAUGGGCUCUUAACAGAAAGAGGCGAUGAGCUGAAUGCUCCCCAGCAUACGCCUGGGAAUGCGAGUGCUCUACCUGAGCCUGACCAGAAGUCCUUACCCUCCCCGGGAAGUGGGGACUUCACUGUUUAUUUUAAGGAGAUUGAUCAGAACAUUGAAGCAGCAGCUCAAACCCACGACCUGUUCAACGAGUCUUUUGCCUUGGAUUCUCCCCACCACUUAUCCACACAUAUCCAGGGGCAGAAGCAGCACAGUUCAGGGGCAGACUGGGGGCUUCGGUGGUGGAAUGCCGUUGUUAUUAUGCUUCUGGUUGGAAUUGUUUUGCCAGUAUUUUAUAUAGUCUACUUUAAAACACAGGGAGAUUCAGAGGACAUAUUUUCCAUUGAGGGUCGGACAAAUGCCUCCGCUUCUCUGAGCCCACACACGAAUACAGUCCAGUCACUGGAACAAAUGACACAGAGAACAUCUGGUUUCUCCCCUAGCAUCCUGCAGGGCUCCCACAAACUGCUCAAUCCAGGAGGCUGAUGCUGGGAGGUGGAUAACUGACCUUUGGUUUACAAGAGCAGGUGCAGAAGUCACUUUACAUUUUUUGGUGCCAUAUGACUCCACUUCACUACAUUACGUCCUGGCUGAUGAAUUUGAACCAGGCUGACUCAGAAGUUUUAUUUUAUCUAUAAUAUUUCAGGAGGGAUGGGUGCCCAGCCUCCCAGGUUGCCUUCAGCUCUCUGUCUACUGUCUCAGCAUUGGGGAGAAAACCUAAGUUGUUCUUAUGGCUUUACCCAUGAAUCACUCACAGAAUUAUCCUUCUUUCAUUUUUAUGAACUCACUCUAUUUUAUGUUGGUUCUUUUAGGAAAUACUAGAUCUUAUUAUUAAGUAUUAUUUAUAUAUUGGAAUGGAACAGGGAGAACAGAAAAGUGUCAGCAGUAGUGGUUUGUAUGCACAGUGGUACAGGCUUGUUUAUUUGUCUCUUAACCCCCUCUUGGUGCUCCAGUGGUUCAUUCCACCCCAAGCCACACCCCUGUCCUUCUGACCACUCCUCCCUUUGGUCUUGAUGUCACUGCCAUUGGGAGUGUGCAAGUGUGUUGGCAUGGUAGUUGUCAUAUAUAGUAGGGCCGUUAGACUUUAGUUCCACUGUGUUAUCUUCUGUCACAUGAAAACUAUGUUCUGUUUAUCUAUGUUAAAAAUUGAAUAGGUUUCUUUGCUGUGCCUCAGCUAAGCAUUCUGCCCCAUAUUUAUCAGCCACAGGCAUAUCCAAGGAGGAGUGCAGUUAAAGGGGUGGCUUACCUUUAAGCUAACUUUGUGUGUUUUAGAAUAUCGUAUUUCUAGCAGCUUUGCAAUUGGUUUUCAUUAUUUCUUAAAGUUUUUGAAUUAUUUGUCUUCCUCUUAUACCUCUUUUCAAAUGGGGGUCACUGACCCCGACAGCCAAAAUGAUUACUCUGCGAGGCUACAAUUUAAUUGUUACUGCUACUUUUUAUAUCUUUCUGUUUAGCCCCUCUCCUGAUAAUAUUCCAGUCUCUCAUUCAAACCACUGCUGCUAUUCGGUUGCUGGGGUAAAUAGCAACCGAAUAGCAGCAGAAAUAAACUGAAAAAAAUGAAGACCAGUUACAAAUUGUCUCAGAAUAUCACUGUCUGCAUCAUACUAAAAGUUAAUUUAAAGGUGAACUACCCAUUUAAUAUAAACAAGCAUUUCAGAUUAGGGUGAAUUCAUCCUGCCAUGUCUGUUGGGAUGUUUUUCCACAGAUACUUAGUGUGUGUAUCUUGAAUCACUGCCAUAAAGCAAGGAUGGGCUGCUGCUAUUGCAAGAAAGGAAGUGCAGUGUUUACCAAAAUCCCCUAAACUUUAUUAUAAUGAAGCACAUUUUUUAGGUGUAAGUAAACCCUAUAGCACCACACCUAUAAAGGGAAACUGCCAAAAGCAACAUAUUACUGAAUUGCUUCUGCUAUCUCAGGGCUGUAAGUGUGUAAAUAUACAUACAGCAGAGCAGUCCAUACAUGUUGGCUAGAACAGUAGAUUUGAAUCAUGGCUUCAUGUGGCUAAAUAAGCAUCUUAACAUAUGUGGAACUGCAGACUGAGGGAGCAAUACGAGCGCUGUCAUGUAGCCGGCAGGCAAGCUUAGAGGGGUGUACAAGCUUCAUACAACUGUUCCGCCAAGGGUUAAAUCAUUGUGGGGCUCAGUAAGCUUGGAGCAGGAGUGUUAACAUCCACUUUAAAGAGUGCAGCGAGUAUGUAAGUCAACAAGUCCAAUGUCUCUCCUAAGAAGCAAUGCUGAUCCCUUUCUGUCUGUGGGAAUAUUAACCAAGCAGCUCAUCCAAAUGCACAAAAUCACCAUUUUCUUUCAGUUCCUCACAUUUCAUGUCUUUUUUCCCAGCUGUAGCGUUUAGAAAUGAGUUUCAGUUCUGUAGGUUGACCAGUAUUUUAAUGCAGGGCCAAUAGGAGGUGCCUGUUGCCCAGUGGAGUUAAUGCACAGUGAUCCCACUGUAGAGUAGAUAAUACUGCAUAUAAAAUGCAGAAAUGUCAGGCUGAAGGAUUGGUUUGGGUGCCAUAUGUAUGCAUAUCGGUACAAUUAUUUGCAAAAGUCUAACCAGUUGUAAAAAUUUGCCUCUUACAAUUUGUCUCUUGCCUUGGUAACCACAAUGAAUUUAAGUUUUGUUGACUGUAUAUUAACUUACUAAUACCUCCAAGGAGACCAGUUCAGCCCUCAAACUAUAUGCAGUCUGACAGCAGUGUUGCACAGUUACAGCAGGAGAAUGUAGCAUGGGUAACAUGUUUAUGUUAAUUAUAGGGAAUGGUGCGCAAUU